AUGUCGGAGCCGUCCCGGGACGCCCGCCCGAUCCCCCGCGGCAGCAAGGCCUGCCGCCGCCUGUUCGGCCCGGUGGACAGCGAGCAGCUCCAGCGAGACUGCGACGCCCUGAUGGCCAGCUGCGUGCAGGAGGCCUGCGACCGAUGGAACUUCGACUUUGUCACCGAGACACCGCUGGAUGGCGACUUCGCCUGGGAGCGGGUGUGGAGCCUGGACCUGCCCAAGCUCUACCUGUCCUCGGGGCCGCGGCGGGCCCAGGACGGCCUGGGGAGAAGCAAGCGGUGCAGCAGCUCCCCGGCCGUGCUGCAGGGGGCCGCGCAGGAGGACCACGUGGACCUGUCGCUGUCCUGCACCCUGGUGCCUCGCUCCCCCGGGCAGCCCGAGGAGUCCCCGGGCGGGCCCAGCACGUCCCAGGGCCGCAAACGCCGGCAGACCAGCAUGACAGAUUUUUAUCUCUCCAAACGCCGGCUGAUCUUCUACCAGAGGAAGUCCUAA